AUGUCUGGCGCAACGAGUGGAUCGCCUGGCAUUACGCUCACACCAGAAGAGACGCGGCUUUUUGGCCAAUUGUUCUCGCAGCACGACACUGAAGGCACCGGCAUCAUCCUUGGUGACUCCGCACGACCUCUGUUUGAGCGCAGCGGGUUGCCAGCCAAGACGCUAGGCCAGAUCUGGCAGCUGGCCGACGUCGAGAACCGGGGUUUUCUUGACCAAAUUGGAUUCUCCAAGUCCCUCCGCAUGAUCUACCAUGUCCAGCACGGCAAGCUUCUCGGCCCCCGGCUCAUGACCAUUCCUUCGGGGCUGCCCUCGUUCGACCACACCCCUGCACCGGCAGAAGCUGUUCCUGCUGGCCCAUCCCAGCCCGAGCCAGCUGCUGCACCCGCUUCAGUCGCGUCCCCCGUGUCGUCGACUCGCAUUCCUCCCUUGAGCACCUCUGACAAGCAGAGGUUUGGUUCACUGUUUGAUCGUUCAACUACAGGACCCACAAUUGACGGCAAUGUUGCUAAAGAUAUAUUUUUAAAGGCCCAUCUCCCUCCCGAUGUUCUAGGAAAGAUUUGGAAUCUUGUGGACGUUCAGAGCCGUGGCUCGUUGACUCGCAACGAGUUCGUGCUUGCUAUGCAUCUAAUUCAGGCCCUAAUCAGCCGCACUAUUAGCGAGGUGCCUACCUCUCUUCCUAGUGGGUGGAUCCCUUGGCUUGAGGGAGCAUCAAAUCACGGUGCUCGCGGUUCGGUGUCUUCUGUUGGUAGCGCUGCUGCGCCUGGUCCCAUCAAUUGGACCAUCACAUCCUCUCAGCUUGCCCAGUACAAAAAGUACUUUGACAGUUUGGACACUCAAAAGAAGGGCGUCCUUGGUGGCUCUGAAACAGUCCCAUUUUUGACUCAAUCCAAGCUGGGCGAGGAGGUACUCGCACAGGUUUGGGACCUUGCUGACCUCCAAGGCCAGGGUCAGUUCACUCCUGUCGAAUUUUCUAUCGCCAUGUAUCUUAUUCAGGCUAAACUCGCUGGUCAUGAGUUGCCCGAAAUUCUUCCGCCUACUUUGUUGUCGAGUUCUAAAGGCUCGCCAUCUCGGGUAAUGAGCCCGGUGUCUAGUCCCUCACCCAAAUUGCAGCCUUCGGGUACCGGCUCGCGCCCCGCUCCGCCAACAGCACGUGCUCCUACUCGUACCACAACUGCUAGUUCCCUGAGUGACCUCGUCAGUCUGGACGACUAUUUCAAACCCAUGGAGCCCACCCAGGCUCCUGCUUCUGCGCAGAGUACUGGCUUGGCUCCCGUUCAGCGUCCUGGUUUUACUGGACCUGGCAUUCCUGCUUCAAAAGAGAUUAGUUCUCCAGAGGGAAUCCCAAUGCCAUCCCCGGGUGGCAUUGCUGCUGCUGCGGGCGCCGGGGCAUUCGCCGGUGCCGCUGCUACGUUUGUACCCAGUUCAUCUUUCGGCCAGAAACUGAUCAAUCAUACUCCAGCCUCAAAUAACGCCCGUGUGGUUGAAGAUGCUCAGGGUGCUGUUUCAAAGCUGAAUUCAGACGUCAAUGAGCACCAGGCUAAGCUCACCCAAAUCUCAAGUGAAUCAAAGGCUGCUGACGAACAGUUAUCUGUAAUUACUUCUCAGAAACUAAAACUUGAGCAACAGAUCAUCACACUCCGUCAGAGCUACGAUUCCGAAGCCAGCAAAGUUCAUCAAACUCAGCAAGAGCUCCGCAAAAUGCAGGAAGCUAUUCAACAACUGGAAAAGGAUCAAAAACUUCGUGAGUCUGGAUUGCAAGCUUUGGCAUCACAGUUUGAAGCAGAUAACACGAAGCUCACUGAGGCAAAAACCCAGCACGAGACUCUUCUGGCCCGUGUUGCUGAACUUGAAGAGCAACAUACAACCCACAAGACGAAUUUGGAAAACUUGAAUGUUGAAUCUGAGAAUAUCCGUGGACAAACCGAGACCCACAAUCAACGGAUCGCUGCUUUGGAAGUCGAGCUUCAGCAGACUCUGGAUGCGAUCGAAUCAGCUAAGCUGGUUCGCGAUGAUGCCGCAGCAAAGGUCCGGAUUGCUGAAGAAAGGGCAGAAAGGCUAGAGGCCGAGGUUUCCGCAACCCAGCAGCAACAUCGUAGCUUGCUUGCCGAAACUGAGCAGCUUGUGACAGCUGCCGCUGCUCAUGAUAAGCGUGCUGCAGCCGCCGAGCACACUCUGGCUGAAACACAUGCCUCGAUUGCUUCCGAACAGUCUCGUCAAGCAAGCGUGUCGCAGGUUGGUCAACAAAGUUCUAUCCCCGCAGUGGCUGCGGGCGCUGCUGGCGUUGUUGCAGGCGCUGCAGCUGCUGUUGCUGCAGCUGCCGGCGUCUCCGCCAACUCAUCACCUGUAUCUACACACCAAACUCAGCCCACAGAUACCCCUCACUCUUCGCCUCCUAACAGUGACUACACUGGAUACCCUGCAGAGGUGCCCAACAUCCCUUCGUUCACUUUGCCCAUGGCACGUCCCCAGAGUGCAACUUCAUCGGUUGUCAACAAUCCUCCUCAGAGUGUUCGUGGAGAUCUCGACGUUUCCCAGCCCCAGUCGCCAGAUUUCACAACGUCUGAGCCGGUUUCUGGUCUGGUUCCCCCUGAGAACCUCAAACUAUCUGAUGCGGGUCGCGAGGUGGACGACACAGACUCGUUUGAGUUUGUUGACGCACGCGAAGGUGAGGGCCGCGAUGAGGCAAAGUUUGCCUCUACGGGCACUUUGAUUCAAGAGGAAGCCCCGACGACCGAUUUUGGAGCCAUCCAACAGCUCAGCGUCUCAGAGAGCACUGAAACAGCUACCGACGUGGGGGCCGAGCCUGUGGCAGAUACUGCUGAACCUGUUGCGAGCGCUGCCACUGCCGUGGAUCAACCCAAACGUGGCGAUGACUUUGCAGAUGCAUUUGAUGAUCUCGAGGAGGCUGUUGAAGAUGCGGAAGAGGACGAUUUCAGUGGUUUUGGUAAUGCAUCUGCCCAGUCAACCCCGAAUCCGACUGCUGCUGGUCCCGAUGAGUGGCAGAAGUUGUUUGAGGAUGCCUCUGCUGCCAUCCCUGGAGCUUCAGGCCCCCACGAGGAUGCUAUUCUCGAACUGACCAGCAUGGGAUUCGGUCGUCAAGAGGUGCUCGCCGCGCUGGAACGUACAGACUACAACGUCAGCGAAGCAACUAAUAUUCUGCUGGAUCAAGAGUAA